GCGGCCCUUGUCAGUCUCAGCAGCCUCGCAGCUCGGCACGCACGGCACGCCGCGCCGCGCUCCGCUGCCUCCCCGACUCCCGAGCGGAAAGCCUGCGCCGCGCCGGCUGCCCGCUCCCCCUUCCCCUUCCGCCUCGGUUCUUCCCCCAUUCCCUCCUCACUGCCCCAAUACCCCCUCCGAAAUUCGAAUCGCCGCCUCCCUCGCCCUCGCCCUCGCCCCGCGCCGCCGAUGCCGUCCAAGCGGCCGUCCCCGCACGCCAUGGACGAGGCCGCCGCCGCCGCCGCCGCCGCCGCAGGGCGCCUCCGCCCCUCCACCCCGCGCUCCAAGAAGCGCUCCUCCCGCUCCAAGUCCCGCGCGCGCUCCCGCGACCGCCGCCGCUCGCCGAACCCUAACCCUAGCUCCCGCCGCGAGCGCGCCCCGGAGCCCGGCUACGCCGCGCCCGCGCCCUCCCGCAAGAGCGACCGCAGGCCCAAGCCGCGCUACAUCCCGGACUCCGCCACGCUCGCGACGGCCAUAGCCGCGUCCGCCGCCGCCGCCGCCGCGUCGGGCGGCGGCGGCCGCGGCAGCGCGGGCGCCAUCUCCAAGCUCUGGAGCGAGGCCGACGAGGUCGCGCUGCUCACGGGCGCGGCCGCCUUCAAGGACCGCAACGGCUUCGCGCCGCGGCGUCCGGACAUGCCCGACCUGUUCGAGGCCAUCAGGGACUCCCUCGCCCCGCACCUCGACCAGGCCAAGAUGUACUACAAGCUCAAGCGCCUCAAGAGCAAGUACCAGCACUCCGUGCCGGGCGACUCCAGCACCGCGCACGAGCACAGGGUGCGCGACCUUUGCGCGGCCCUCUGGGGCGCCGAGCUCGCGCGCCCUGCAGAGAACGACGUCGUCGAGGCUGAGGAGGCCGACGAGGAGGACGCCGGCGGGGAUACGGAGGGCGCCGUGAGGCUGCCUAUGGUCAAGGAGGUGCUUGGAGAGUACUGGAAGUCGAACGGGCAGGGCCUGUCAAGCGUGUCGCUGGAGAAGGGGUUGGCGUUGCUUGGGCCACAGGAGGCUAGUGUGGCUGAGGGCAAGUGGAGGCGGCAGCUCGAGGCCGAUAUGCGCAUGCAGAUGCGCCGGCAUGAUCUGGGAAAAGAGGUCUAUGGCCUGCUCAUCGAUGCCAUCAAAGGCCUUGAGCCUUAGCUUGGGUGCGGUUGGUGGAGUACAUAGCUGGAUACAUAGGUGUGGUGUUCUUUUGUAGGCUGAUCAACCCGACCUCUUGGUUGCUGACUGAAAAGACCUAACUGGUGUGAGGUGCUGUAGGGGUUUGCACGAAUCAGUCGUGUCAAUUUAUGUCUAGUUGUCGAACCAUUCAAUGAUUGUUAAGUUACUUAGGUCUGGACUCUGGAGAUGUUCUGUUUGCUAAUCUUCUGCAAAGAAAGCUUGGUCGAUGAUCAGACAACUUUCAGACUGAUGCUGCAUUUCUGUAAAUCUUCGCUAAGUAUUAUUGCGAUGAUACCGUGUUUGAAGUGUAGAAUCCAGUAGUUCAGUUUCUCUUGAUAUGUGGCUUUCUUGAAACGAUA